AUGGCUCGAUCAUCAGCUAAGGCUGCGAUAACUACAAUACUAACAGUUAUUUCGUUCUUUCUCCCUGGCGGUUUGACCCAUUAUAGAAGUCCUACCACCUAUAUUGUCGGAAAUGAAUUUGGGUGGGACCUGAGUAUUCCUGCAGAUACUUGGGCAAGCAACAAAACUUUUUACGCUGGGGAUAUUCUCGUAUUCCGGUACGACUAUCAAUUAGACAACAUGUUGGUUGUAAACCAAACGGGUUACGAAACGUGCAUACCAAACGAGGGAUAUAUAGAGUAUAAUACCGGCGAGGAUAUGAUCCAACUUGCUUACGGUGGCAACUAUUUCAUCGGAACAGCUACUCCUGGUGACUGUUGGGGUGGUAUGAAGUUGGCAAUCAACGCUUUGGCCCCAGAUAAUAAGGACUAA